AUGGGCUUUCUACAGAGAGUUUUUCAGUUGAAAAAUUCACUUGGUUUAAUGAAUGAAAUAGAAUUACUUGUUCCACUACAAAAUCCAAUAAAUUUGAAAUCUUUCUGGAUUAAUCUUGACCUGGGUCAAAAAGUAACGAAACGUAAUACGGAUCCCUCUAUUUCGAGAGCCCUCACUUUCGAAGUAUUAAAUAUUUUUUACCCUGAGCCAGAGUGGCUUCGGAUCUUUACUGAUGGAUCCCUCCUGUCUGAUGGCCCUAAUGCAGGUGCCAGAGUUUUCUCCGAAAUUUUCUCUUUCUACAUCCCUGUGAAACGAGGUUCUGCAUUUGACAGUGAAAUUGCUGCGAUUCGCACAGCUAUGUACCAGCUACCAUGCCACUUUGAAAAAUUCACAAGAACUCAGUGA